AUGGAAAUACAUUAGCUUCUGGUAGUUAUGAUAAGUCUAUCCGUCUAUGGGAUGUCAAAACAGGAUAAUAAAAAGCCAAAUUAGAUGGUCAUACUAGUACUGUCUACUCAGUCUGUUUCUCUUCUGAUGCAAUUUAUCAACCUUUGGAAUGGCAAAAUAAUCAUUCUUUAUACAGAUAAUAAGGUUGAAAAUUGA